AUGUCUUAUCAUUAUUUGUUUAAGUUUAUCAUUAUUGGAGAUACAGGUAAUAGUAAUAAAAUAAAAAUGAAGCUGUUGGAAAAUCUUGCAUUUUGUAUUAAUUUUUGGAAUAGAAGUUUCGAGUGAAACAUGAAAUGACUGUGGGAGUUGAAUUUGGUGCCAAGAUACUAAACUUAGAGAACAAAUAAAUAAAAUUAUAAAUUUGGGAUACAGCUGGAUAGGAAACCUUUAAAUCUAUUACAAGAUAAUAUUAUAGAUCAGCUGCAGGUGCAAUUUUAGUAUAUGACAUCACAAGAAGAGAGUCAUUUGAAAAUGUUAGAGAAUGGAUAAAAGAAUGUAGAACACAUGGAACAUUAGAAAUGGUUAUAGUGUUAGUUGGAAAUAAAUUGGAUUUAGAAAAAUAGUAUAAUAUUCAUAAUAUAAAUGGCGUAAAGUUUCGAAAUCUGAAGGACAGUAGUUAGCUUAUGAAAACAAUUUAUUAUUUAUAGAAACAAGUGCAAAAGACAAUUUAAACAUAAUUGAAGUAAUUUUAAACUAACUGAAUAGACAUUCUCAUAGGCAGCAUAAUAAGUAUUAAAAGUAGUAUAGAAAAGUUAGUAAAAGAAUGAAUUACCAGGAGUUAGAGUAGGAUAUGCAAUUGAUUAGACUAAAGGUUAAUAAAAUAGUUAAAGUUCAAAUAAAUGCUGCUGAUA